CAACAUGUUUAAUAGCAUAAAUUGUUGUUUAAUACAAUUAAUAAAUAAGAUUAACUUGCAAAAAAUAUAUUUAGAUACAAAUCAGUUCACUUCUGUCUUUAAUAAACCUUAUUUUUUUCUGUAUUUUUUUUACUCAUCUUUCUUCAAUUCAACUGUCUCGUAACCCGGCAGCAAGACUCUGUCCAUGGUGCUGAAAUUGUUUCCGCACGCAGUUGCGAUUCCAUUUUCGUCAAAUACUGAGCUUAUUUAACCUGAUGUUUGUCGACGUACAGUGGUUUGCCUCGUUGCUUAAAAUAUAGAAAAUAUAGGAUCAAAUGUAGACUAUUAUUAAUAAGUUGUAAUUACUAAAAAUGUCCAUAAGAGGACAGCCGAGACCGUGAUCCCGAAAGCACGUCUCUGACACGUGAAGGCCACUCCUACAUCAGACGCAUAUUCUUUGUCCGGGCUUUGUUAUAAACGCAGUUAGACGCGGAAUGGAUCUGAUCGGCUCUUGAUGGUUUUAUUUUUACUUAUACAUACAUUUUUUGUCCGGUCCAAUUUUCUUACCAGGACGUGUUUGUCGGUACCUUCGUACGGAAUUUAGCAUCUGCUGGGUGAAAUGAUCUCUUUUCGGAUAUAUCUGGUGCUUAUUGUUCUGGAGUGUCGCUGCGUGUCCGGGCAGCUUUCAUACUCCGUGCAAGAGGAAGUAAAUCUGGGGACUGCAGUCGGAAACCUCGCAAAGGAUCUGAACCUCAAUGUGCAGGAUUUGGAGUCGCGUAUGUUUCAAAUCGUGAGUGGAUCAAAGCGAAAGUAUUUUGAUGUCAAUUUAAAAUCGGGUCUCCUUUACGUCAUUGAAAAAAUAGACAGAGAGGAGCUGUGUGAAAAAGCUGCAACGUGCGCAUUAAAUGUAGAGGCUGUGAUCAAUAACCCAUUAAAGCUCUAUCGGAUUGAGGUUAAUAUUCUAGAUAUUAAUGACAACCCGCCGACGUUCAGCACCAAAUCACAAACCAUCGAUAUAGCAGAGAGCGUGCUGCCUGGAGCCACAUUCCCCGUGUUGUCUGCGUAUGAUGCCGACAUAGGGAAAAAUGCGAUUAACACCUACAAACUCUCGCAGAAUGAUUAUUUUUCUUUAGCGGUUCACAAAGGUAAAAGUGUUUCUGCUGAGUUGGUUCUUCAAAAACCAUUAGAUCAAGAAAAACAGGCCUUAAUAAAGCUCACUUUGAUCGCGCUAGAUGGAGGAACACCAGUAAAGACAGCAACGUCAGAGGUUCUAAUUAAUGUUUUAGAUAAUAAUGAUAAUAUUCCAAUUUUUACAAAAACUCUUUAUAAAACUACUAUUUCUGAAAAUCCCUCAAUUGGAACAACAGUGCUGACGGUCACAGCAACCGACGCCGAUGAGGGAAUAAACAAAGAGAUCACGUAUUUACUUAAUGCGAAGGAUCAGGACCAAGUGCUUGAAACGUUUGAAAUAGAUCCCGAAACAGGAUCAAUAACAGUGAAGGGAGUCGUUGACUUUGAAACAAACCCUGCGUUUGAAAUUCGCGUUCAGGCCACCGACAAAGGCCAGCCUCCUUUAACGGCACAAUGUAAAGUCCUCGUGGAGGUCCUGGAUCUAAACGACAACGCCCCCGAGAUCACGGUGACGUCACUGCUCACUUCUGUUAAAGAGGACGCUGAAACAGGAACAGCUAUAGCUCUUGUUUCAGUGCUUGACAAAGAUGGAGGUAAAAAUGGUGAAAUAAAGUGUGAAAUAAUGAAUUUGGUUCCCUUUAAACUGGAGACAAAUUAUAAAAACUAUUAUUCAUUAGUGGUAGAAGGAAAGCUAGAUAGGGAACUAACUCCUAAUUAUAACGUUACGAUCAAAGCCACAGAUGAAGGCAAACCUUCUCUGUUCUCCACAGCCUCCACGUUUGUGAGAAUCACUGAUGUAAAUGACAACACCCCUUUGUUUUCUGAAGCUGUAAUCAAUCUGUACGUGAAAGAAAACUCCCAAGAAAGAACAGCUUUAAGAAAAAUAUCUGCUGUUGAUGUUGAUGAAAGUGAAAAUGGUCAAAUAACUUAUACACUUGUUAAUGAUAAUAGCAAACAAGCAUCACUGUCCAGAAUUAUAAGUAUCAAUUCAGAAACAGGAGAAAUAAUCAGCCUUCAGUCUUUUGAUUAUGAGAUGCUGAAAACGUUCCAGUUCAAAGUUCAGGCCACAGACUCUGGUGUUCCUCCGCUCAGCAGCAACGUGACUGUGAAUGUUUUUGUUCUGGAUGAAAAUGACAACAGUCCCUCCAUUCUUGCUCCUUACUCUGAGCACGGCUCCGUUAACAGCGAGAACAUCCCAUAUUCUGCUGAAGCGGGAUACUUUGUGGCAAAGAUCAGGGCUGUGGACGCAGACUCUGGAUACAAUGCUCUGCUUUCUUAUCACCUGUCUGAGCCCAAAGGAAACAACCUGUUCCGGAUCGGAACCAGCAGCGGGGAGAUCAGGACUAAGAGGAGAAUGAGCGACAAUGACCUGAAAAGUCACCCCUUGCUGGUGCUGGUUUGUGAUCAUGGAGAACCUUCUCUGUCAGCUACUGUGUCCAUUGAGGUGGUGGUUCUGGAAAGCAGCGCUGACAUGCAGACUCCGUUCAGACACGUGCCUCUAAAGGAGGACAGCUUCUCGGAUUUGAACCUGUACCUGCUGAUCGCCAUAGUGUCGGUGUCUGUCAUCUUUCUGCUGAGUCUCAUCAGUUUGAUGGCUGUCAGAUGCCACAGGACAGACGCAAGUUUCAGCAGGUACAGCGCUCCAAUGAUCACCACCCACCCUGACGGGAGCUGGUCUUACUCCAAAGCUACUCAGCAGUACGACGUGUGUUUCAGUUCGGAUACUCUCAAGAGUGACAUGGUGGUUUUCCCCGCACCGUUUCCUCCUGUAGACGCAGAACUGAUCAGUAUAAACGGGGCCGACACUUUUACCAGAACUCAGACUUUACCCACCUCAGAGAAGGUAAGACAAUUAGUCAUGUUAAACCUGCAAUGUAAUAUUUUGUUUUUUCUGGCUUUUUUCUUUUUGUUGCUUUUAUGCGACAUUUGUUCUGUGCUUUUUUAAGUCUUUAAAAAAGCUGCAUGGUUCAUUUUAUCAUUCAAAUAAUUACAAAUUUUCAAUCUCUUUAGUGGUGUACCACAGAAAACACCAAUGUAUUAAGAAUCUUGCUCUAUGACUUGGUUAGGCUUUUUCCGCUGACCUUGGUGCUGAAUUUUGUUGUCUUUGGCUGCUUUUCAGACAAAUUAUUCCAUUAGUUUUAGCAACUACUGUUUGCUACACAUAUUAUUUGCAUUUGGAUAGUUUCAGCUUGUCUUGAACUGU